AUGACUUCGCAACCCACACUCGCCGCCAGCGAGCAGCCGCCAGACAACGACGACUGGCCCCUCUCCCCCGACGAGUACCUGCGCUAUGGACGGCAGAUGAUCAUGCCCGACUGGGGCCUCGAGGGCCAGCUCAAGCUCAAGUCGUCGCGAGUCGCCGUCGUCGGCGCCGGUGGCCUCGGGUGCCCUCUCCUGCAGUAUCUCGCUGGAGCGGGCGUGGGCUCCAUCACCAUCUUUGACCACGACACAGUGGCCGCGUCCAACCUCCAUCGGCAGGUGCUGCACACCACCGAGCGCGUGGGGAUGAACAAGGCGCUGUCGGCUUGUGUCACGCUCAAGGGACUCAACCCCCACGUCGAGCUCAUUCCGCGCGCAGAGGCACUCACGCCGUCCACGGCCAUCGACCAGCUCUCCGGCCACGACAUUGUCGUCGACUGCACAGACCGCCCGUACACGCGCUACUUGAUAUCGGACGCGACGGUCCUCCUCGCCAUCCCUCUGGUCUCUGGCGCCGCUAUCGGCGCCGCUGGCCAGUGGGCUGUAUACGGGCAGCCGGGGCGGGCGUGCUAUCGCUGCCUGUGGCCCCAGCCCGGCGCGAGCCAGCGGUGCGACGAGGCGGGCGUGUGGGGUCCAGUGACCGGCAUGGUCGGGUGCGCCAUGGCUGCCGAGGCGCUCCGCGUGCUCGUUGGAAGUGGCGAUGCCCCGCUGCUGCAUAUCCUCCAUCUGGGGGGAAGCCCUGCCGUGCGGAGCGUCAAGAUGCGUCCGCCUAGUCCCAAAUGCGCGGCUUGUGGGCCCAACAAGACGAUUGCCAGCCUCGAGGAUGUCGACUAUGCCAUGUUCUGCGGCGAGGUCGCCACGGAUGAAAGCACCGGCACGGCGCCCGGCGGUGUCGGGGAGCGUAUUGGCGUCGAGGAGCUGAAGGGCGUGCUCGCCGCUCCGACGGACGACACGGUUGUGGUCGACACGCGCCCGCCCGUCGAGUACCGUAUCUGCGCGCUACGCAACACGACCAGUGAGUCCAGUAGACUUCAACCGCGCGCCACGGGGCUGACCUUCGCGGACAUCCCACUGGCCACCAUCCUCCGCACGCCCGAGGCCGUCCCGUCCGCGGCCAACGUCAUCUUCCUCUGCCGCCGCGGCAACGACUCGCAGAUCGCCGCAGCCAAGCUGCGUACCGUCCGCAACGACGUGCGCGUCACCGACGUCCUGGGCGGACUACUGGCAUGGACACGGCGCGUGGACCCAAAGUUCCCCACAUACUAG